AUGACAGCCAUCUAUGUCCUAACCGGAGCAAAUAGAGGACUCGGCCUCGGUUUGACCGAAACUCUACUGGCCCGCCCAGGAACUACUGUCGUGGCUUCUGUCCGUAACCCUGAGGCUGCCGCUAGCCUCAAGUCAGAGAUCGAAACUGUCACCGUGGGCGAAAACAGUGUCCUUCACAUCAUCGAGCUAGACUUUGACUCUGCGAUCCCUCCGAAAAAAAUCCUUCAUAUAUUUGCAGCCACAGUCCCUACGAUAUCCCACGUCGAUGUCCUAAUCUGCAAUGCUGGAUUCGCAGCGCCCAUGACCCGUGCUAGUCUGACUUCGGCGGAAGCCCUUCGCACUUCAUUUGAAGUCAAUACCAUUGCGCCCCUUAUGGUCUUUCAGGCAUUUUGGCCACUCAUGCAGCAGUCGACUUCUUCUCCUAAGCUUGUUGUCAUUUCAUCGUCCGUUGGGUCGAUUGCUGAACAAGAGCCUGUUCCCGGUGGGGCCUACGGCCCUAGUAAAGCUGCAUCUAACUGGAUUACCAAAGCGCUUCAUUCUGAGAAUGAGGCAAGUGGUCUUAUUGCGUUUUCACUUCAUCCCGGGUGGGUACAGACGCGUGCCGGGGACUUUGCUGCGAAGGAGUGGGGAUACUCUGGUAGUCCGCCGGUCACUGUUGACGAGAGUGUGAAGGGGAUGCUGGAGGUUAUUGAUGGAGCAACAAGGGAGAACUUUUCUGGCAAGUUUGUUACUCAAACUGGUGAGAUAUUGCCCUGGUAG